AUGAUGAUUUCCAGAAAGGCAGACGAGUCAGAUAGUGGAAAAAAUGCCACUAUUACUACAACUAUGCAAGAUCGUUCAACAAGUCUUAUGGUGGGUGAAUGUGAUAAAAACAACGCGAACAGUGGAAAUGACCAUAGGUCGAAAAAAUUAAUCGAGAGAAUUAGUAUCAAGUCAAGCAUCGCAAAUAAAAAUACAAAAACAUCUUGUCAACCAUCUCCACAGAUCAUCAACGAGCAGGAUAAGGUGCAAGGCUGGUUGCAAGAACUAUCACGCUUACCAAAGAUGCUGUGA